AUGGGCUGUGAGCAACGGCUCGCCUCCCUGGACUGGCCAGAAGGGGGUAAGAAAUGGCACAGUGGUGGAUGGGCGGUGAGCCAGCUAUGUAGAAAACAACUGGACACACUGUUCUUCGUGCACUCGGCGCCGAACAACUGGAAGCGGCGCGCUGACCUGCGCGCCACUCUGUUCGAAGAGGCGGCCUGCGCCGCUUUCAAUUGGACAGGCGUAUUCUUCAUUGGCGAAGACGAUGAUCCCAAGGUAAAUCUCUGGACAAGGCUCGAGGCUGAUGUCUUCGGAGACAUUGUGAUAUUAAGCUACAACGACACCUUCCUUACCCUUACGUACAAGUUCCUCGGUGGCAUGCGGUGGGUGACCGAGCAUUGUCCCAACGUGAGCACCAUCGUCAAGAUCGACGACGACGUCGGCGUACACCCGUUUCAGCUUCGGCGAUACCUGGACGAGACGCUGCCACAGAAGAAUAGUUGUAUACAUUGCAAUGUACUUGAAGAUAAUCCCGUACUCCGUGACCCGCAAGACAGGUACUGCAUCCCGCAGGACGAGGUGGCCCAAGACACGUACCCUCUGAUGUGCUCUGGUUGUUGCAUAAUCAUGACAAUCGACACGAUGCGGAAGCUGUUCAGAGCCUCGGAGAUUGCCAAGGCCUACGCCAUCGAUGACGCUUACGUGAGCGGACACCUCGCUUUGAUAGCUAAUGUUGGACACGUAACGAUCAGCUCGAAGGUCGGCUUUGAUGUGCUGCACAACGCUAGAGACAUGCUUGAAGGAAAGCAGCUCCAGCAUCUCACCUCGGUUCUAGUGGCCAACCUCAACCUGUGA